AUGGCAUUUUUAAAGGAUUUCCUUAUACUUGUUAUUGUUUUUGCUGUUAUUAAACCGUUUGACUGUGAAAGGCUUCAUGAACAAAUAUAUUCCUCAAUUGAAGGUGGUGCAGCGUGUUUCAAAAGGCUAAAUGGAACUCAUCAGGCCGGUUGUUCCUCUUCUGAUAAGGGCGCAGUAGGUGUGGCGCAGAUGAUAUAUGAUGUAACUGAUGCACAGUGGUUGGUUUACAAUGCUACAGUUGGACCAUGCAUAGCUGUUAUCAACACUGCUCUGUUUCAUGAUGUCAUUGAGCUAUUAAUGGCCCAACCUGCUAAUGUAGCAGGUAUCAUCGUUUAUCAUAAUGCAACAACAAGACCUACCACAUUUAGUCAAGAGUCUAAAUGCCCGAAUGAAUAUUCUUCUGGUCCUGGAAGCGAGUGUUUAUCUUCUUCAACCAGUAGUAAUGCAUGGAAUGAAGGAGGUACUGGUUUAAUAAGAAGAGAUAUUCCUUAUCCAAUAUUCUAUAUUCCUCAGACUAGACUUGAAGAAAUAGAAAAAAUAGAAAAUUGUUACAAGAGAUAUAAUCUUGAUAGAUUUAACCUAGAAGGCAAACCCCUGUGCUCAGUUCAGCUAAAUUCUUUUAUGUUUGCUGCUGUGAACAGUGCAGUUUGCUUAAGAAGGUCAGCGACGUCAGCACUUCUUACACCUACAAAAGUCUGUGACCCAUUAGGUGAUCAAAAUGUGCACUAUUCACUCUUCCCAUUAGAAAAGGGAGAAGAGGUAAAGAAAAAACCAAUUACUUUAGUAACUGCUAGAAUUGAUACAGCAUCAUUGUUUGAUGGUAUGGCACCAGGAGCAGCCAGCUCUGUAGUCGGGAUGGUGUCCUUGAUAAUGUCAGCGGUCACUCUGUCAAAGAUGAUACCCGUCGCAAAUGCUAGUCUAUACGAUAACAACGUGUUGUGGGCUUUGUUCAACGGCGAAGCGUUCGACUACAUUGGCUCGCAACGGGUCGCGUAUGACUUGAGCCGCGGCGCUUGGCCCCCGUUUUCUCCUCUAACCCCGUCCGAUAUAAAUUUACACGUGGAGCUGGGACAAAUUGGUGGCUCGCUACAAAUUUAUAAAGAGAACGCUUCUUGGCCUUUGUACGCUUACGCUGCGUCCAGUUUUUCGCAAAUCACAGAAUUCCUUGUAGUAAUGUCAGAAAACAGCAACGCCUUUAACAUAACUUUAACACCCGAAUUUACAACAAAUUUGCCACCAUCUUCCUUACAUUCCUUCCGAAGGAUACUCAAGAAUGAGACUGAUAGCGGAGACUUGCCUGAAGUGCUACUGGUUGAUCAUCAGGGAAAGUUUACAAAUACUUAUUACGAGUCGGUUUUGGACGACGAUAACAAUAUUGGAUUUAUUUAUCACAAUAUUAGUGUUGGACCUGAGGGAAAGUUCACACCAACAGACGAACUUCUAGCAAAUGGAAUCAUGCAAGAGACUGACAUUCAAGUGAAAAUGUCGCGACUCGCGACUGCACUAGCUAGGACACUUUAUCAACGAGUUACCGGCAAAGCGUACAAUGGUGACAUAACGGCUUCAGCACAUUUGGCGGACGAAAUGCUGUACUGCUUCAUAAGGAGCCAGGCGUGCCGGUUGCUAAUGGCGGCGGACUACGCGACGAGCAGCGAGGAGACACCGAGCGCGCGGGCGUCGCCGCUGUACGUGGGCGUGGCGGCGUGGCCCAGCCCGCCCGCGGUGUUCGCCGGCCACCUGCUGGCGCUGCUCGCCGGACAGCUCCUGCCGCUCGAUCGCACCGCCUGCGACGCGCAAACGCAAGUCGGCUUCUCAUAUUACUGGCUGAGAGGCUGGAAUCGUAGUGGCGUUUGUGUUCAAACUACAAUGAAUUUCACUCAGGCUAUGAGUCCCGCGUUUAUUAUUCCCGAUUACGAGAUGUCGUCGGGCAUGUACUCGACGUGGACAGAGUCGGUGUGGCAGGCGAUGUCGGCGCGCGUGUUCGUGUCGGCGAGCGGCGCGGGAGCACGCGCGGCCGCGCUGUGCGGCGCCGGUGCCACCGUCCUCGCCGCCGCACUCACCUUCUGGCUGCGCCGCCACGCCGCCGCACUCUUCCCGCACGCGCCCGCCCCGCUGCACACCGACGACGCGCGAAUAAUGCAGACUGUAAACUGCUAA